CUUCGUUGCCUCUUCCAAAUUUGCAUCUAUUCCAUCAAGGAUGUGGUUUCUUAAUGUUAAAAAUCCUACUUAAUUUCCUGAGCACUAUCUGAAGCACACUGCAUACUGCACUGCCCACAGAAACUACUUGGUCAACCAACAGAGACACUUCAGAGUUAUAAAACUCCUGCACACGAUGAAGUGAUAGCAGAGGAGUGGCUUAAGUUUUUAGGGUGGAACUUAAGAAAAGGCAAGUAAAGGUUAAUCAAAGAUCAUCGUUGCAACAGAAGCUUUCAAGAGGAACCUUUAGGCAUCCAGAGGUAAAGGAAGACCUACUAAAAGCCUGCCGAAGCUACUUGGAGACAGUAAAACUGUCAUUAUGAGCACUGCGGGGAAAGUCAUCAAAUGCAAAGCAGCCGUUUGCCUGGAGGUUAAGAAACCAUUUAGCAUUGUUGAAAUAGAAGUGGCACCACCAAAGGCGCAUGAAGUUCGCAUUAAGAUUUUGGCUACAGGAAUCUGUCGCUCAGAUGAUCACGCCGUCAGUGGCUCACUCUACGUGCCCUUUCCCGUUGUUCUCGGCCAUGAAGCAGCUGGGGUUGUGGAGAGUGUUGGGGAAGGGGUAACCAAAGUUAAACCAGGAGACAAGGUCAUCCCACUCUUUGUCCCGCAGUGUGACGAAUGCAGUGCUUGCUUACACCCCAAAGCCAACCUAUGUACCAAUAACGACCUUGCAAAUACUAGUGGACUGAUGUCUGAUGGUACCUCUCGGUUUACUUACAACGGGAAGCCACUGCACCACUUUGCCAGCACCAGCACCUUUACAGAGUACACUGUGGUGCAUGAGAAUUCAGCGGCCAAAAUCGAUGAUGCAGCUCCUCCAGAAAAAGUAUGUCUCAUUGGCUGUGGAUUUUCUACUGGCUACGGAGCUGCUCUCAAAACUGCCCAGGUGGAGCCUGGAUCAACCUGUGCUGUUUUUGGUUUGGGGGGAGUCGGUCUCUCAACAGUCAUGGGCUGUAAAGCGGCUGGAGCUUCUCGAAUAAUCGGGGUCGACAUCAACAAGGAUAAGUUUGCCAAAGCCAAAGAGCUGGGCGUCACUGACUGCAUCAACCCCCAGGAUUUCGAUAAGCCCAUUCAGGAUGUACUUGUUGAAAUGACCAAAGGUGGUGUUGACUAUUCCUUUGAAGUGAUUGGGCGUACUGAAACCAUGAUUGCUGCCUUGGCUUCCUGCCAGAUGAAUUAUGGAACCAGCGUGAUGGUGGGAGUUGCUCCGUCAGCUUCACAGAUCACCUUCCACCCAAUGCUUCUCUUCACUGGUCGCACUUGGAAAGGAUCUGUGUUUGGAGGCUGGAAGAGCAAAGAGGCUGUCCCUAAACUGGUUUCAGAUUUCAUGGCCAAAAAGUUCACUCUUGAUCCAUUAAUUACUCACACUUUACCUUUUGACAAAAUCAAUGAAGGCUUUGAACUGCUCAGGAAAGGAAUAAGUAUUCGCACUGUCUUAUUAUUUUAAAAACCACAAGAGUGAGGAAAAAUACGAGAGAGAGAGAGAGACGUUUGGCAGCUGUACUUCCUUGACCAAUAAAUUACAUUCUGCAUAGCAGGAUAUCUGUAGAAAUGACUGGAUUCCUCUGAAUCGCCAGAUUUCACAACAAUGCUUCUUUAUCUCAUAGGUCUAUUCUGAGACAUUUACUUGUUGUAUAACAGAAGACUAUAGUAAAUUCCAAAUGUAUCUCAUGAUUAAAAAUGUCUGUAUUAACCUCAAAAUACUGUCCAGUGAAGGAGCAUAAAGAUAAAAUCAUUGGAUUGAGAAUGGAAAAAUACAGGGGAUAAUCACUGUAAGGUUGAAAAGGCUCUGGGGAAAUAAUUUAGUACCUUUUUACAUUAUUCAUAAUAAAUAAGAUAUAUGGAUUUCUCAGUGUUGCAUGAUACCUGACUAAUAAGCACUGACUAAUAAAAAAAGUUUUAACUAUGGGAUUUUGAUUUGUAUAUUUUGACAUGAAAUGUUGGCAGUUUGUAAUAUGGGUUAAAAAUAAAGCUUUCACUGUUAAA